AUGAGGGAUGUGGAUAGGGGUCAUUUAUCAUAUCAUCAGGGGUCACUUCUCCUGCAAGCCUAAAACCAGAGGGUUUAGGUUUAAGGUGAGCGUGGAAAGAUUUCAAGGGGAUCUAAAGGGCAACUGUUUCCACACAGAGGUGAUGAAUGUAGUGUACAAAGCGAGCUGCCAGAAGAAGUGACAGAGACUGGUACAACAUUUCAAAGAUAUUUUGACAGGUACAUAGAUAGAAAAGGUUUGGAGAGAGAUAUGUGCCAAAUAUGAGCAGGUGACUAGCUCAGGUGGUCAACCUGGUUAGCGUAGAUCAAGUUGAGCUGAAGACCUGCUUCCAUGCUGUACAACUAUUACUCCAAAGAAUCCCCAUUCUUCGGCUUGCUCUAAUUUAUUUAUUUAUUUUAUUGAUACGCAGGGCAGUAUAGGCCCUUCUAGUCCUUUGAGCUAUGCCAACCAGCAGUCCUCCAUUUUAAUCCUAGUAUAAUCACAGGACAAUUUACGAUGACUGAUUAAUCUACCAACAGGUAUAUCUUUGGGCUGUGGGAAGAAACCGGAGCGCUCGGAGGGAACCCACAUGGUCAUGGGGAGAAUGCACAAACUUCUUACAGGCAACAGUGGGAAUUGAACCCAGAUCACCUAUACUGGAAAGCAUAUGCUAACCACUACACCACCCUAUGACUAUUGGAAUUAAAUUUCUGAUGUAUUAAUCAAGCUGAUUAUUUUAUUUAUUAAUGGCAUAGAACGUUAAAGGGAGAUGAUCUUAUUCUCAUUAAAAAUGGCCACUAUUGUCAAAGGCUAGUGUAAAUGUUCCCAGUUUUUCAGUCUUUUCAAGUUAUAUUACUUAUACUAGCUAAUGCACAUGCACUGCUUCAACUGGUGAACUGCGAAACAAUACUGUAUGAUUAUCACGGGUUCUAAGUUUGUGGAGAAGGUAAUCGAUCAACUAAGGCAUUUCUGCAGCCACGGGUAGAGAUGUUUGCCCCCCAUAACUGAGCACCACCUGGAAAUUAUGGAAAACUAUGGAAGUUGUUAGACAGGUGCAAUGAUUUAAAUAUUGCCAGGGCAUCUAAAUUAAGGCAUUGGGAAAAUGCAGUUUUUUUAAAAAGCAAUUUCAAAUCUCUUCUGUUUGGAAACAAUGUUGGAAAUACAGUACAGUAUUCAAUUUGGAAUCAAUAUGAAUACCCUUUCUCAACAAAUCGCGAGUAUUUUGCAUGAUUACAUUGUUUCACAAUUGGUUGAUUUGUUUUUGAUUACAUUGUUAUCACAAGCUGCUAGUAUAUUUUUCUCAGUUUUGCUUUUAAAAGUUUACAGAGUGCUGGAUUGAUUGCGUGGUGAAACUUACUAAAUUAUGUACUCAUUGGUAAGUGACUUAUUCCUGUUGCAAAAAUGAUAGCUUGAAUGUUCAAAGAUUAAAAAAAAGAUAUAAAAAUGGCAAAUUUAAAGUUUACUUCAAAUUAAAUUAGGCCACAGGAUCAAAUAGUGAAAGGUACAUUUAGGAUUUAUUUCCCUAUUACAUAGAUUUAUAAAAAUGUUUUAAAUAGAAGUCGGCGAUCAUGGUAGAACAGCUUUCGGCCAUAAUUAACUGAAUGGGUUUCUUCUUCGUUAACUAUCCCAUCUUUCAUGGAGAGAUGUUUUCGACUAAGUGUUCUUAAAUUGAAUAAAGACUUUUUGAAACAGAGUGCUGAGAAUGGAAAUGAUUUUUUUUCAUUUUGAAUGACACAGACUAUACUGUUUAGAAAUGCGUCAAAAAGCAUGCGAUUUAUUCAAAAAUUUCGUGUGGCACAGCGUGGAAAAGCAUCGCUUUAAUGAAGCGAGCUGAUGGCACAACCCGGAGCCUAUCGAAUGACUGAGCAGCAUUGACUACAUCGUGUGGAAAUAACGUGCAUUCCCAUAGUCCGCGUUUACACGGAAAUUAUUGUCCGACAAUGAUUGUUGCGUGGAAACCGGCUGUUAUUUUGAAAGCAAGACAAAACUCCAGUAAGAUGCCUGAAAGUACAACAUACUAAAUUAGCGAGAAAAAGAAAUUGUAUCAUAUUUUGGAAGGAAGUGAUCUACAUUCGAAUGCAUUCUCUUUGCAGUGGAAUUAAACAGUAAACGUUUCAGAAGUGAGUUUCUUUGAAAGUGGCUGCAGACAGGUGGGAGGCUCAGCUGAUUGGAAUAAAGGUCGAGCACUCAUGAGCAACUGCCAUUCACAAAGGCAGCUGACUGCGGGAACGGCGCCGCUUGGAGGUCGUGCGUGACGCCACUGCGCACUGUGAUUGGCUACUGCUCAGCGUAUGAGGUGGGUCGCCCGGAGCCACCGGCCAAUUGCGCUGGAGAGCUGCCUGGUUGUGAUGGUUUGGAUUUAAAGAGCUGCUCCAAGGCGGCAGAGGUGACAACACGGGCGGCGGCGGUGGUGACGACGACGACGACGACGUAAGGGGCAUUCGGUGAGUAACGGUUACCAACCUCCCCUUCUAAUGCCCCAGCCGGCAUCGGUUCUGGGCUCUGAUCUGAGUCUGACUCUGCUCACUGCGCUCCGCUUGAGGCGGCGGCGGCGGCGGCGGCGGCCGGUCGGAAGUGGUGAGGGGCUUGGCGUCAUCCACCAGUCGGUCCCCGAUUCUCACCGCCUUUCGCUGCUCCUGUGCCCCACCCGGUGCCUGCGGGUGUAAGUGAAAGCACAACGUUACGUGAGAGGGGCAGCCGCUGGGUUUUAACUGCGAGCCUGAGGACAGCCGCAGUUUCCGGCCCAGUCGAUCGCAGUAUCCUUGUAGAUGAGCUACCCGAAUUCCCUGACUCCAUGUCCCUGGAAUUUGCCACGUGUCGGUUUUCAUAUGGAACUCUUCCCCCAACUUUUGUUUUUAAUCAAUUUUUUUGGAUUUUUAUCUGUGGAUAUGUUCCUGCUUAGUAGCGAUGUGAGAAAUUUGAAUCCGUAAUUUUUUAUUUCUCAGUGGUUUUUGCUUCCUUCCGGCAGCAAGUUUGAACUGAUUGCAAUGGAUGACGUAGAACGAAGUAACUUCAAUUCAGUUGAUGAGGAAAUUACUUACUGGAAAGAACUUGCUCAGAAAUAUCAACACUGUGCACAGAACACGCGGGAAGAACUGAUGGAGUUCCAGGAAGGAAGUCGGGAGCUAGAAGCAGAAUUGGAGACUCAACUUGAACAUGCUGAAAAUAGAAAUCGUGAGCUUUUAUCAGACAACAAUCGUCUCCGUAUGGAACUUGAGUUGUUUAAGGAAAAGCUAGAAGAACAUCACACGGAGAAUUAUAAGCGAAUUAGUUUGCUGCAAGAUGAACUUACUGAAACUACUGCAGUUAAAGACCAACUGCAGAAAUACAUCAGAGAACUAGAACAAGCCAAUGAUGAUUUGGAAAGAGCAAAAAGAGCAACUAUUAUGUCCCUAGAGGACUUUGAGCAACGUUUGAACCAGGCCAUUGAGAGAAAUGCAUUCCUGGAGAGUGAACUAGAUGAGAAAGAAAACCUUCUGGUGUCUGUUCAAAGACUGAAAGAUGAAGCAAGAGAUCUGAGGCAAGAAUUGGCAGUACAACAAAAACCUGCAUCUGUCAGAAAACCCUCAAAUCCCUCCUUGGAGACUGAAAAUGCAACAAUGCAAGCCUCCACAAUGAUGCCUUCAACCCCACUACUCUGCAAAGGACCCAGCGGCGUGUUUGCCACUCCUGCCUUAGUCUCAAAAGAUUGUUAUACUGGCAGUCCUCUGACUCCAUCAGCCAGGAUAUCUGCACUUAACAUAGUGGGAGACUUGCUUAGGAAAGUUGGGGCUCUAGAAUCCAAGCUUGCAUCUUGUAGGAAUUUCGUCUGGGAUCAGUCUCCAAAUCGUGGAUCUCUGCCAUCUGCUCAGAAUGGAAAUCACACAGUCAAAGACAACAAUGAUAACCGGGUGUCAAAUGCUAAUCUACCCCAAUAUGACAAAGGGUUAGCAAAGAGACUUGAGUUUGGGACAAUUGCCUCAAGAGUCUGCAUGCAAGCCACUGUGUCACCACAGGGUGUUGUCAAAAUCUUGCUCUGAGCAUGGUAAUUUUGAACUCUUAACAUGUUUUUAAAAUAAUAUUUUUGUAACUAAAUUGUUAUUGCUUUCAAUGGGGAUGUUAGUAAAGGAAAAGUUUUAAUUUUUUUUCACUGGUGCAAAAUAGUUUUUUUGAAAGCUAAGAGUAGAUUUUUCUUUCAUAUUGAAGGUGUAUGGCCCAUAUUAUGACUGUUUUUAGAAGCCUUGUUCCACCUUGGGUGUGGAAAAGAGGGCUCACUUUUAAAAAAGGGAAGUAUAAAUGAAAAAAUGCCAGUUUAAGAUUUGGGUUUGGAGCUACAUUCUGCUAAACUGCUACAAUUAGUAUAGUCACAGAGGGGACCUGGCUAAUUGGAGACGUACCACUAAGGGGAGUGUUCCUUUUUUUAAAAAAUGUUUACUUGCUCAGUAACUGGUAGCUUGAACCUUGGCAUUCUAAACUUGAGAUAUUAGGAGCUAAAUUAAUCCAUUUAGUAUUUAAUUGAAUAACAUUUGGCUUAGUUGAAAAUGCUGACUCUACUUAAACUUGUUAGAAGAUUGUUAUUAUUUUCUUCCAAACUUGUAGGUAGCGCACUUGAGAUAUCAGUUUAUCUUAAUUAUUUCAAGUAACUUGUAUUCAAUGAUGCACCAGUAUACAAUGUACCUGUUCUGUAUAUUCUCUGGGUCCUGUUCAGCUAAGGAUAAAACUAUUACAAUCUGUUUAAUUGUGUAACUCACAUAUUCAUUUGUCAAUUUUGUCCUGUAAAUUUCGUCAGCUUGAAGAUUUUGUGCAUGCUUGUUAGCAAAGCAGUCAACCUCUGUUCUCAUUCUUGUAUAUAUUUAAUCUGUUGCCUGUAUAUUUAAGAUGACAUGAGCUCUUAAAACAAUCCAAAUGUGUUCUAAUGCUUUAGUUGGAAACUUGUUUAAAAAUUGUGUAUGCUGCUUUAUGCAGACUUAGUCCAAAUUGUGUACAAUUUAAAGUGCAGCAGUGAGGUUCAUUUAUUGUACACUGAACAGUGCUUCUUUAACAUUUCACUGCACUUGAAUGAAAUGUGAAUGGAAAGGAUAUGGAUUAUCUGAUUUAGUUCAAUGAGCUCUCAUUAAUAGCAAACACUAGAAAUUGUUUCUGUUUUACAAUCUAUUAGAAUGCUGCUGGUACAGAGUCCUGUGAUGCAGCCAUUACUGUUAGUAACUGGAUAAUUGAUUCAAACAUUGAAAUGAUGCAAACUGCAUUAGCUGAAGAAUUUUGCACUGUUCCCAGGAGAAAUAUUGUUUUGUUUUUUUAUUUUGUUUUAAAAUUGGUGCAUUGGAAAGUGCACCAAGAAAAUUGGUUAGCAUUGGAAGGGGAAGGCUGAGUUUGAAUAUCAAUUUAUUUUUAAUCAGAUGAGGAAUAGCAGUGAAGUUCUUGGUAAUGAAGUGCAAAGUAGAUGAGCAAGAGCAUAGAAUGGAUAGUGCCUUGAUGAUCAGUGCCUUUUUAUGAUUUUUGGUAUAUAGAAUUAAUUGAGGUUCAAUGUUGUGAUCUGGUUUGGUUGUCGAGUUGUAUGCCACUGUAAAGCCAAUAAAUCCUAAGGAUUUGACCUUAAAAAACCUAAUUGAUGGAACAAAAUUCUAAACAUGGUGUAAAACCUAUAUCAAAAUCUUGAUAUUACCACUGGGAGGCAGCUCUGAGACUGUUGUGCUAAAGAAUUAGUUCUCAUUAUGAUAAAGUCAUCACCUUGUAAAAGGAGGUUUCUUGUCGGGUGAAUAACCAAAGCUUGUUGGCAUUAUGCAUGGUGAGCACCAAAGCUCAGCUGAAAUAGAAAUCCUAGCAUCCUCUCCACCAACCCCCCCACUCUCUAAAGGCAGGAAAGUGGUAGUAAGAUGCAGAUCAUUAUCAUGAAUCAAAACUGGUAUUUGUAUUUUUGCCCAAUUAAAAGCUGGUUUACAUGGAGCCAACAAGUCUUUGCAAAGGCAUGGAUGUUGUCUAUUGUAGAGACUUCUGAGGAAGGAUUAUAUCUCUGACCAAAUGACUAGAUUGAUAGCAUAUGUGAACUUCGUCUGCUCAAUGCACCAAUGUUCAGUUUUCGUACUUGCAUAAAGUUUUGGAUCCAUAAUUAUCCUUGCACUCUAAUAGAUGGUCUGUCUUGGAGAGGGAAACAUUUGCAGACUUGCACCUCAUGCCUGUAUUUAAUUCUGCUACUUGGUGCCUUAAUUACCAUCUCCUAACAACUACCUACUGUAAUAUUUGUUUUCCAUAUGGGGUCUGUCUGACACCAAAUUAAGUUGGGGUGAUGCCUCUUCGACCUAUUAUCAAAAAAGCAUUGCCAACAUCCUGUAGAUUAAAUAUUUGGUGGUAUUCUUUGCCAACAUUGUCAUGUAGUGUAUUUUUGGUUUCCCAACUUGGACAGAUGAUUGUUGUGGGGUACUUCUGCAUUAGGAGGGAGACACCAUUGUUUUCAUGCCUGCAAAUUCUGAUUUGCCUGUCUUCACCCCUUUAGUACAGUAUUUCAAUUGCAAAAAUCACUUGAGGAUUAAAUGUGUACAGUAUGCUGCUGCAGAUUUGAGUCCUCAUGUCUAUUUACAAUACGUUGCCAUAUCCAUUUUGUAAUCCUGCAAUGUAUGUAAAUUUACAGCAUUCCUUAACCAGUCAACUGAAAUAAAGUUGCUAUCGU